AUGGCGUCCGUGGCGUCGCUAUUAGCCUCCGUUUUCGACCAAGCGGUAUUGCAACAGAUCUGCGGAGAGUUUCAGUCCUACGAAGAAGACGACAUGUCUGAAGAUGCAGUCACCCAUCGAGAUUAUGAAGCGGCUAUGGAGAAAUUUUCUCACAUGCGAUAUAUAUGGCACCAGCUCUUUGAACAAAAGAAAUCUCGAGAAGAAGAACCGGCGACAGGGGAGGGUCUGGACGAUGCUGAAAGGAAUGUCGAACAAGAUAAAGAAGACGAAGGAUUCAGAGAUCUCUUGAAACGCUGCUUCGAAACCUAUGCCGCUUCUUAUGCAGAUCAGGCUCGCAUCGUCGCGGAUGGUUCUUUUGUUCGCAGCAUCGUAACUGCACUGUCUUACUGUGACUCGUCACCUUAUGUGUGGUUCAAUGAGACUCAGCUCGGAAAAAAAGACACUAAGAGUGGCGCGAUUGCCCUCGCGAACAGCGAUGAAGCUUUGGCUCAUAUGAUGGUACAGGGCCAUGAAUGGCUCAGAAUCGAAGACACUCUUUGCAAGAAUGACGAUGAUACGGGGCUUUUCUUCCCAGCCAGCAUUCUGACUGGACUACCCAUAGCCUGCCACGAUGCUGGGGUAAAAUUACGGGGUAUCCAAGUCGACUGCUUCCCCCUGUUGAGAGGCUAUAAUUGUCUCCUACCAAGUUCCACUCAAGCCGACGACAGUGCCACGCAAAACCCCUGGGCUCGGUUCGCUGCAGCGUGCCACGACCUGGAAAUCUUCAACUUUGGCCAACGCGGCAUGAGUUGUUCACCCAUACGUCCUGAGCGCCAAAGCUUUUCCGAUUCAGAGAUGAUAAACGGCUUCAUCGGGGCGGCGUGCUCAGGGCCCAGUCUGCAGAGGUUCGCUCUAAACAUGACGCCUUUCAGAGUAAGAGCUGGACGUGCUGGUGAACGCGAUGAAGAGCAGUCGUAUCUAGCCUCGCCGAUCCUCGCUGCCCUCACAUCAACGCACCUACGCAGCAUCGUCUUGAACAAUGUCGAUGUCUGCGGGCAGGAUCUCCUGGCGCUCGUCAAGGGCAUUUCUGCAGUGCACCUGACAGACCUCUACUUUGCCGGCGUGACGCUUUCACGUGGGCGUUAUGCAGAAUCCAUGAGCCUGCUGCACGACAUAGCGGUUUAUAGAAUACAAAAUAAAUGCUCUAAACCAGAGAUAAGGUUCAAUACUUUGCAGGGAGCGGAAUUUGGCGCGCCUUCUACCUUCGAUGACGACAGUUGGAUGUGGACGGAUAGUGAGGAGGAGAGGCAAGCGUUCUGGGACAGAUUGGAGGAGCACCAGCAUCCCGCUGUCCUGAAGCAGGUUGAGGAAUGGGUCGAGGAUGGCCAGGCAGAUGAGCCGAACCCUCUGUUGAGAUUCAACGUUGCCCAGGACUGA